AUGACCAUGCCUUGUGUUCAGGCGCAGUAUGGGUCCUCGCCUCAAGGAGCCAGCCCCGCUUCUCAGAGCUACGGUUACCACUCUUCGGGAGAAUACAGCUCCGAUUUCUUAACUCCAGAGUUUGUCAAGUUUAGCAUGGACCUCACCAACACUGAAAUCACUGCCACCACUUCUCUCCCCAGCUUCAGUACCUUUAUGGACAACUACAGCACAGGCUACGACGUCAAGCCGCCUUGCUUGUACCAAAUGCCCCUGUCCGGACAGCAGGCUUCCAUUAAGGUAGAAGACAUUCCGAUGCACAACUACCAGCAGCACAGCCACCUGCCCCCCCAGGCCGAGGAGAUGAUGCCGCACUCCGGGUCGGUUUACUACAAGCCCUCCUCGCCCCCGACGUCCUCCACGCCGGGCUUCCAGGUGCAGCACGGCCCCGUGUGGGACGACCCGGGCUCCCUGCACAACUUCCACCAGAACUACGUGGCCACCACGCACAUGAUCGAGCAGAGGAAGGCGCCCGUCUCCCGCCUCUCCCUCUUCUCCUUUAAGCAGUCACCCCCGGGCACCCCGGUGUCCAGCUGCCAGAUGCGCUUCGAUGGGCCCCUGCACGUCCCCAUGAACCCAGAGCCGGCGGCGGGCGGCCACCACGUCGUGGACGGGCAGACCUUCGCGGUGCCCAACCCCAUCCGCAAGCCCGCGUCCAUGGGCUUCCCGGGCCUGCAGAUUGGCCACGCGUCGCAGCUGCUGGACGCGCAGGUGCCCUCGCCGCCUUCGCGGGGCUCCCCCUCCAACGAGGGGCUGUGCGCCGUGUGCGGUGACAACGCGGCCUGCCAGCACUACGGCGUGCGCACCUGCGAGGGCUGCAAGGGGUUCUUCAAGCGCACGGUGCAAAAGAACGCAAAAUACGUGUGUUUAGCAAAUAAAAACUGCCCCGUGGACAAGCGGCGCAGGAACCGCUGUCAGUACUGCCGGUUUCAGAAGUGCCUGGCGGUUGGGAUGGUCAAAGAAGUGGUUCGCACCGACAGUUUAAAAGGCCGGAGAGGUCGUUUACCUUCCAAACCGAAGAGCCCACAGGAGCCCUCUCCCCCCUCGCCCCCGGUGAGUCUGAUCAGUGCCCUCGUCAGGGCCCAUGUCGACUCCAACCCGGCUAUGACCAGCCUGGACUAUUCCAGGUUCCAGGCGAACCCUGACUAUCAGAUGAGUGGAGAUGACACCCAGCAUAUCCAACAAUUCUAUGAUCUCCUGACUGGCUCCAUGGAGAUCAUCAGGGGCUGGGCUGAGAAGAUCCCGGGCUUUGCUGACCUGCCCAAAGCCGACCAGGACCUGCUUUUUGAAUCGGCUUUCUUAGAGCUCUUUGUGCUGCGAUUAGCAUACAGGUCCAACCCAGUGGAGGGUAAACUCAUCUUUUGCAAUGGGGUGGUCUUGCACAGGUUGCAAUGCGUUCGUGGCUUUGGGGAAUGGAUUGAUUCCAUUGUUGAAUUCUCCUCCAACUUGCAGAACAUGAACAUCGACAUUUCUGCCUUCUCCUGCAUUGCUGCCCUGGCUAUGGUCACAGAGAGACAUGGGCUCAAGGAACCCAAGAGAGUGGAAGAACUACAAAACAAGAUUGUCAAUUGUCUCAAAGACCACGUGACUUUCAAUAACGGGGGUUUGAACCGCCCCAACUAUUUGUCCAAACUGUUGGGGAAGCUCCCAGAACUCCGUACUCUUUGCACACAGGGUCUACAGCGCAUUUUCUACCUGAAACUGGAAGACUUGGUACCACCGCCAGCAAUAAUUGACAAACUCUUUCUGGAUACUUUACCUUUCUAG